GGAACACGAGCAGUUCACUGCUGGCUAACCGGUCGGAGAAGUCGGCAGAGCCGAGUCGUCUGCGUGGCGCGCCACACCAAGUGCAGCGAGAGUCACGUGUACCGACGAGAAAAAUCGUUUCCCUUUUCUUUUCUUUUUUUUUUGUAAGCAAAAUAAAUUUCAUCGUGCGACUAGUAUUCAGCUUAUGUGUAUGCAUAAGAGACACGUGAAAGUCACGUAGUGUACGCGUCGACGCCGAGCAGUUCGGCAAGCUGAUCGAACGGAUCGUAUGUGUGUACUGAUCAGCGAUCGCUUCGAACCAGAAUGAUCGUCCUCGCGUGGUGCCUAUUCGUUAUCGUCUCGUUUCUCGUGGCGAAAAACCAGGCCUUCCUCAACGCGCCGAUACCAGCUCACGCAGUGUCGAGUUAUAACAUUGGUGCUGAAAGACGAAUGGAGAGCAAUAAAGCCACUCACAGCGUAAAUGACAAUCGUCACUCGGACGAUUCGAAAUCCGAUGACAACGAGGAGACAGUCUACGUGAUCACAUUCGGAGGGAAAGAGGAGAACGGGGAGAAAGAAAGAGAUACAGAAGAGAUCGGUAAGAAAUCAUCAGGUCCCCGUUUUGUUAUAGUCAACGGCGAUCUGCAGAAUCCGCUGGAUCCAUGGUCGAUAGUUUGGUACAUCGGCUCAUUCGGAGGCCUGGUGGCGUUUUUCCUCAUCGUCAGCUGUUCCGAGUGGUGCUGUAGACGGGGUGGCCGACCCCUAACGGUACCCUAUGCGCAGCGCGCCGAGACGAUAAAUACUCCCGGAGUUACGGAAACUCCACCGCCGCCUUAUCACCUGUUUGCACCGCCUUCGUACGAUUCCGUCAACUACGGUGAAAUCGUCGACAAGACGACCGGCGAGAAGCUGGAUAUCUACGUGAUCUCGGUGCCGAUUCACAGACCGAUGGUACAGGCGCCUGCGUAGAAGACCUUGAAAAGAUCAUCCUCUUGGCGAGGAUUAUGGACUCAAUUUAAGCCUGACGAUCAAACUGAUCGCGAAGAAGUCACAUGGAUCUCUUCGUUGAAGUUUUCGGACGAUUAACAAAUAUUGAAGAUGACUGUUCAAUAAAGAAGCUGUUUUGAACGUUAUCAUUGCAAUGGUAUAAGAAAGAGUGACUAAACGUGUGUCUUCAUUGUGUUUUAUAUGUGACAUAACUAAGACGUCAUUGAUAAAAAUAACGAGCAAAAACUCAUCAAAGUGUUAGUAUCAUUCCGGAUUGUAUGAAUCGUUUUUCACAUUUCUCUAAAAAAUACUGAAUAUUUCAAGUCUCGAGGAGAUAUUGUGCGAAAAAUUAUUAUUCUCUAUACAUUGAUCUUAUAAAAAUAAUCAACGAUAAAAUUUAAUUAGAUUCAUCGAAGAAAAUUUUGAUAGUUUUCAAGUUGAAUAAUGUAUUAUUACCAGGAAAUCAAAUUUUCAUUAUUUACAUGAGAUUCUAUAGCUUUAUCAGUGAAAAAUCUUUUUUCGAAACUCCAAUAAAAAGAAGAACGAUGAUUAACAAUGCUAACGGUUGUUCUGAGUCCAUGCUUGUAUAGAAGAAUUUAUCGUAGCCUGAUAUAUUGAUGACACUUAGAUGAUAUACUUGAUAUAAGUCGAACUUGAUCAAAGUCGAAGAAUGUUGUCCGAGAUAAAUAAUAAUAAAAAAAUUGAUAAAAAAAAAAUAGAAUGGAACGUAAUGGAAAGUACGUCUUCGUGAGUUCCUUGGACUAGGGGAUAAUACACGUUCAAAUAAAUAUUAUUGUAUUGUAGAGCAAUAAUUAAUUUAAUCGGCCUACGAAAAAUGGUGAAUCGAAUCGAAAAUGUGACCAAAAAUCCCGAUCGUAGCGUUCGUGGAAACGUUAAUCUUUUCAUACGCACGACGUUUCAUACUUUAAGAAGCAAGAUUAAUGGCAGGAUGUGCGAAUAUUUAAGAAUAUUUAAUAAAUAAAUGAAAUAAAUGAUUAUAUUCAAUCAAUCACUGCCAUUCAAAAUAGAAUUACCAAGGUUUAGAUAUAAAAUUAAAAGGUUUCUUUUUUACUAUAUUAAUAUAAUAAAUCAAGAUUUUUAUUUCUAGAAAUAUAAAUUUCCAUCAUAUACAACGGACUUUGAAAAAUCCCCCGCGACAAUCAAUAUCAUCAUUGAUUUAUCGACUAGCGAAUCGAGCAAAACGUGUUAUUAUAAUGUAAAUUGUGAGAACUUGUAGACUUAUGCACAUGAUAGUGCUGUAUGCGAUUGGUAUAUCCUAAUCGCUUAUCGACUCCGUCAAUUAGGGACGAUUAUUGUAGAUUAUAAAUCGACUGCCAUGAGAAGUGUCUCCACGCAAACGAGGCUGCAAAAAUAAUUUAAGAUAAUAAUUGCGACAAUGUUUCUGAUAAGAGCAGGCGCCGUAGCUCUUCGCGUGAACAGCGGCUCACGAGCGAUCAAUUACGCGUUAAUUAACGUUUAUGUGUUUAUGUUCGCGAGUAAUCACCAACAGUCUUCGUGCCUCUCUGUGACCUCUCAUGGCCAAAAUAUUUUUCUGACGCAAUUGGAUUCUGAAAAUAUGCAAAAAGAUCGAUAGAUAUCAAUGAAUGUUCCGUUACGAGUAGUAGAGAAGUAGAUUCCGUUACGAAAUUCAAUCGAAUGUGCCAUGUAAUUCUUUUUCUUUGAACUAGAGGAUUUAUAUUUUAUUUAACUUGAUCGUGUGUAUGUGUGUGUGCGCGCGCGCGCGCGUGUGUGUGUGUGUGUCCAGCGAGCGCUUGGAAACAUCAGUGGAUAUUUUAAUAUUGAGAUAAAUAAUCUUAUUGUAUGUAACGAAAUUUUGAAAUCAUAAAAAUCAUUGUAAACGAAAGAUUAUUAUAUAUUGGGAUAAAAAAAUUGAAAGAUUUAAAAAUGUUUCCUAAGAUCUAUCUCUCUAUAUAUAGAGCUAAUUUAUAUUUAUAAAACUGCAAUAUAAUGUGAAGAUUGAAUCAUUCAUAUUAUAUGUAGAAACGUAAGACGAUUAAUUAUCAGAGUUAAACAGUAAAUUCUAAAAUGUGCAACAUCUGCAAUAAUCUUCCAAUUUAGUCUUUCAAAUGUAAAAUGUAAAACACGCGAAAUACAAAUUAGUUAGCAAAUAUAAAAAUACGUGUACUUAUGUGAGUAAAAAAAGCAUGAGUAUUAGAAUGCUUUUAGUGAAUUGAAAUUUAAUUUUAACUAUUGUAAAACAGUUUAAUACAAUGUCAAUUACAGCGGUAUAAUUACGAUUCUGUUAUGAUUAAUAUAUAUCGUCCGAUUAUUUUAGAAAUAAUAUAUUAGAUAUGAUAUACAAAUUCUAAAUAAUAUUAAUUUUUUAAUUUUAAAAUAUAGUAUAUUUUGAUUUAUAUGUCUGAUUAUGAAAAAUCCACAAAAAUCAUUUUUUACCAGUUUCCAUUUUUUAAUAACAUCAAAUGAAACUGUUAAAAUAUUUAUAAAUACUGUGAUUUACGCGUAACAAAUACAGAUAGCUAUAGAAAUUAUAAAUAGAUAAUUAUAAAUUAUAAAUGCGGUCUCGUUCUUAGCAGUGUGCUGAGUAAAAGUAUCUUUUUAAAGUGAACGAUUCGCCUAUUUUCCCGUGUUACUGUUACAAUUAUCAUUAUUGUUACGUGUAAUUUUACUCUCGGCUACUGCUCGCAACGCAUUUCCGCGUUGUCAAGGGCGUAUCACGAAUGACUCAUUAUAUCCUCGAGACUCGUAAAAUACCGGCGCGCGCGCGCUGUUAAUAUUUAUUUUUUAUACUUUUAUACACACACUCUUUAUAUAUACGUAUUUGGACAUCCCUACAUUAUCAAUAAAAUUUCAUUUCUCGUAUAAAAAACAAUUGUGUUACAUCGAUUAUCAUACAAUCAACAUCUUUUUCUUUCGACAAUAAUUGACGAAUGUAUAUAUAUUCGUCUGCGCAUUACAUAAUUGUAAAACAUAAAUCUUUUGCCGCAGUUUUAUAUUUCAAAUUUUGUAAAAGAUCUGUCUGUGAUUUUAUAUAUAAUUAAAUACAUCUUAUGUAUGAUAUAUGUAGAGAAAAAUAUUUAUACAUAAAAAUUAUUAUUUUCUAAUGUAAAUAA